GAUUCGUGAAUACCCCGCUACUUCUAUUCUACGUUGUUUUAUGUAAAUGGCGGAUUCGAAUUGGUUGGUGACACAAUGUGGGGUAACAAUACGUACAACUGGUACAACUGCAAGUGCCCCGCCUCAUUAACUCCGUCUUCGGAUAAAAAGUGCAUUUGUACUAAAUGGAAGUUAAUGUAAGGGACCAAAAUCCGAAUUACUUAAGCUUCCUCUUAAUUUAUUCUCUACCUAAUACUAAUACUGAGUCAACCUGCUUGCUCGGUAUAAAGAAUAGGAAGAAGUGAGGAGGAAACCUGAGGAUGCGGGAAGCCCUCUUACUUUUCUAUUCUUCUUCUUAUCUUUCUUAAUAGUCUGCCCACCAUGGCUCAAGCAGAUGUUGUUCUACCAUCCCUUGACACCGUAAAGGAUCUACUCUCCAAAACAAUACCAGGACCCAAGAAACCAAACCUCGUACCUUUAUAUGGCCAAAUAUCCGCCGACCUAAUCACACCUUCCGCAGCAUAUCUAAAAGUCUCGGCACAUUCGAAAUCAGACUUCUCUUUUCUCCUCGAAAGCGCCGCCACAGAACGGGUUGGCCGGUAUAGCUUCGUUGGUGCUGGACCACGUAAGAUUAUAAAGACUGGUGAAGGUCAUGGAGAGUCUGUAGACCCGCUACCUGUACUCGAGAAGGAGUUGGAACAACAUGUCGUUCUCGAAGUACCAGAAUUAAGGCUACCGCCACUUACCGGUGCUGCCGUUGGUUACGUAGGCUAUGACUGCGUGCGGUACUUCGAGCCCAAGACGGCGAGGCCUAUGAAGGAUGUUCUUAAAAUACCCGAGUCGCUUUUUAUGUUAUUUGAUACCAUUGUGGCUUUUGAUAGAUUUUUCGGUGUCAUUAAAGUCAUCACCUACCUUCGAAUACCAGGGAACUUAGAGACCCUCUCAGACGAAUAUAACAAGGCUACGGCAACCAUCCAGGAGCUCAUUGACGUCCUAAACUCCCCCGAGAUACCCAUCCCUGAACAACAACCGAUCAAGCUCGGUCAGCAAUAUACUUCCAACAUUGGGCAAGAAGGCUACGAGGCACAUGUAACGGAAUUGAAGAAGCACAUUGUGGUCGGCGACAUCAUCCAAGCCGUGCCCUCGCAGCGUUUCGCUCGCCCGACUUCCCUACACCCGUUUAAUAUCUACCGCCACCUCCGUACCGUUAACCCCUCCCCAUACCUCUUCUUCAUCAACUGCCAGGACUUCCAAAUCGUCGGCGCGUCACCUGAACUCCUCGUAAAAGAAGAGGAAGGCCGGAUUAUCACUCACCCGAUCGCUGGUACUGUCAAGCGCGGUAAGACGCCCGAGGAAGAUGAAAAACUUGCUAGUGAACUACGCAACUCGCUUAAAGACCGCGCUGAGCAUGUCAUGUUGGUUGAUCUCGCGCGUAACGAUAUCAACCGCGUGUGCGACCCUUUGACUACAAGGGUGGAUCGGUUAAUGGUAGUUGAGAAAUUCAGCCAUGUUCAGCAUCUCGUGUCCCAGGUCUCGGGUGUGCUGCGCCCUGAACAGACGAGGUUUGAUGCGUUCCGCUCGAUAUUCCCUGCUGGCACGGUGUCCGGCGCGCCGAAGGUGCGUGCUAUGGAGCUGAUUGCGGAGUUGGAGAAGGAGAAGAGAGGUGUGUAUGCUGGAGCGGUGGGAUACUUCGGGUACGGCAGCGUGGGUGUGGAUGGUAAGGAGAAGGAAGGCGCGAUGGAUACGUGUAUUGCGCUGAGGACUAUGCUGGUUAAAGAUGGCGUGGCGUAUUUGCAGGCUGGAGGCGGUAUUGUCUUCGACUCGGACCCGUACGACGAGUGGGUGGAGACGAUAAACAAGUUGGGUGCUAACACGCAGUGCAUCACUUCGGCGGAAAGUCUCUACGCGAGAAGACAAAAAUAGAAAAUGGAAGAUAAAGAAAUGAAAAUAGAGGGCUUAUUGUAAAUGAAAAGAUUCGAAAUUUAGAUGAUAUCGGGUUUUCAAUGGGCAUGUGCUUGAUAUAAAAGGGGCUUGCGGGAU